AUGGCGCACCAAGCGACCGAGAAUGAUUCGGAGUCAUGGAAUCCGGCAUCACGGCCCGAUAACAAUAAUUCCCCUGUUACGAUCCAGAGUGGGUGGUCGGACCCGAUUGCGGCGGACGGGCCAAAGGACAAGUCACUAGACGAUGUUGUAUCGCCACAGAGUGAGGAUUUCUCUGCGUGGGAUAUAUCCGAUGAGGUAGAUGGGAUUCAGCCUCAAUACACGAGCUUAGACGUGCUAGUGAACAAUGAAUCACCAGUGGUGGACCAGGAUGUGUGCCUAGACACCGAUUCCGUCGAUAAGAGCAGUCAAGUCCCCGAUGAGACGAUCGCAGCGAUUCAUACAACUACGCCAUCUAUUGAAAAUGCAGAUACCGUGCUAAACCAGACACUGCCAGAAACUCAACCCACGCAACCAGUUCAGAUUGAAGCACCUUCAGUCCAUGGCGCGGAGACUAGUAAUAGCUUUCCCACCACUAUAAACGGGCUACCCUCUGUUCAAACCGAAAACUCAGAUACUGUUGUGCCCACUGUCGCACCUGAACAAGAAACAGCGCCGGAGUCGACAUUUGUGGGAGAGACUACACCUCCAAGAGAGGAAACAACGGCAUCCGAGCCUACAUUGGACACUUCUAAACAUAAAUAUACCACUCAGUCCACUCCCACCGACGAACUGUUCCCGGGAACGGACGCAGACAAUGCCGAUUCUGAAAAUCCCUGGGCCACCUUCGAGAAGGACCUGAGCAAUACGCUGCCCUCCACCGAAGAGGCCACCCCUCAUAAUAUCUCAGAGUUCGCCUCAACCUCUACUCAAAUCCAGGAUAGCGACGAGGCAAAUUUUGUUGAAGAAGCUGUACGUCCAUUGCCAGAGGAAACAGCAUUCACAGGUGCGACACGUGAUGAGGAGAGUAUUGAUGUCUUCAACUCAACUGAAAAUGCCAUCGCCCCGACCGAAAAUGAGCAAAUUGAUCUCGUGUCUCACUCGAUAAAUGUUGAAUCUGGGAAUACCGAAUCACCAUCUCCUAUCGCGGAGACCUUUGCGCCGACCAACGACGCCCAUCUAGAUCCGGCCGCAGCGGACGUGGAUACAACCACACAGGAUCAACCUUUCUGGGCAAACGAGUCGAGCGGUGAAGUGGAGUCCGAUGAGGACGGCUUCUUUGACCAACUGAACAGCCAGACAAAGCCUAUCUUUGCCCCGCCAGAAGCUGAAUCCAGGUUUGAGGAAGGGGUUCCGUUGUUAGAUGAGUCUACACCGGCUUCGCCUCAACACCCAACGGAACAGGAGAUAUCAAUAGACAGUGUGUUUUCCAACGAUGAAGACGAUGUAGAUGACUUCUUCAUCUCGGCUCCAAAGACAGAGGCUAAGAACGCCGAUGAGGAUUUCUUCGCCUCCACCUCAAAGAAAGAGCCCGAGGAGCAACCCGUUGUUCAUAUUGCACGAAAGAGCACAUCUCAGGUCUUGGAAUCAGCCGGGUUUGCUCUCGAUUCCCCGGUUAGUGACACUUCGGCCGCAGCGCAGUUUGAUGAUGCCCUGAAGGCUGCGUCGUUGGAGCCCCAAACAACGGCCGAUCCAUCGGAGGAGGAGCUAGCGGCACGGUGGGAAGCUGAACUCGGUGACUCACUGGACGAUGAUCUGGCGGCUCGUUGGGAGGCGGCAUUGGACGAUGACGACAUACUGCUGGAGACUGAAGCCGCCCAGUCUGUCUCUGCACAGGAGCACGCUCAUCAAACCCCUGUUCAGCCUGUCAACGACGGUUUGGUGGUUGGCUUGAACAGUCCGUUCCAGACCCCACAAGUCUUUUCUCAGCCAAGACCUGUUCCUAAUAUAUACACACCCCACCAACCGUCCACUGGUGAUCUUUUGCAGGGUAUUCCUCUCCCAGGAACUGCGCCGCCAACCACGGGAGCGAUGUCAUCAUACUUCUCGCAACAGCCGCAGAACCCUGUGGCAAUCAGGGGAGAGAGCUUUGCUGAGCGGUCAAAAGAGGGUUAUAAAUCUCCUUACGACCUUCCAGAUGAUAUCUCCCGACCCCGAAAGCCGGUCGUUACCCACAAACCUGUUCCUCCACCAGUAAUUACUCCCCCCUCAGCCCUGGCCGCUCCUCCUGCGCCGAAGAAUUUCUACGAGGAACUCCCUCUGCCGCCACCAAGAUCUAGGCCUGCCAGCUCAGGUCGGUACACCCCUAAUCCGCAGACGGCGCCGACGAUGACCGGGUCGUCUCUUCCUCCUCCCCAGGUUCAAUAUGCUUCUGUUGUACCACCAGCCCCACGGCCUAUCGGGCUCCCAAUCCAAUCCACACUUCAGCCACCUGAACAGCUGGAUCCAUAUGCUAGCCUGUCAUCGAGUGCCCCGGUCGGACCUCCUACCGUUGCAAGGUAUUCUCCUCAACCUCCUGGUUUUCAAGCACCCCCAAAGCCACCUUCGUUGCCGAGAUAUUCGCCUGCGCCCCCUCCUACCUCUUCUGUUCGCAAUCGUUAUGCCUCACAGCCACUUAACGUUCCUGGCCAAAACUUGCCUUUCCAGCCACGGACUUCAAGUCCUCUUGCACACCAUGAAAAGGUUUCUUACCAGCCUGAUCAAUCACACAGGCCCCCAUCGCUUGAGCCUGCGAUCAACCUUUCUUCACCGAGCGAGCAAGGAGCUAGUUUCGGACAAAUCCCACCUAGUGCUCCGCAAUAUUUCAGCGGUCCUGCCAACCUACCGCGGAGAGAAAGUGCGGGCUCACCUCUCCAGCCAUCUCCGCCUCAAAGUCGCUAUGCCCCUCAGGAAUAUCUCAAUGAAUUCGCUCAGCGUCUUGCGCCGGGUCCAGAACACGCUCCUCCUGCUCCUCCUGCUCCCCCGGCGAAUGGAUUGUCUCCACCACCUAGCGAUUUCCAAAUGGGUCCACUUCGCAGAUCUCAGACCCAGUCACCUGCCCGGGACUUGACGAGCCCGCGAUCCUACGGACAAGACAUCGAUCCCCUCCAACGGCCGGCUUCGGUGCAAGUUUCAAGCUUGCCAAUUCAAACCGUGAAUCCGUAUGCUCCUGUGAAGCCUGCUCUUCAAACCCGUGCUCCGACGCAUCAUCUGGAAUUUAUCGCUCCCAAUGAUGGGCAGGAGCAUGAUCCCUUGGAACGAUGGAAAGGUGCUCCGAUCUUCAAAUUCGGGUUCGGUGGAUCUAUGGUAUCUUGUUUUCCCAAGCACGUCCCUCGCUAUUCCAUUGGACAAGUGGCGCCAACGAUUCAACCCACUCUUGGUGAACCGAAAAUCUCCCAGCUGAGCGAGUGGCUGCCCUCCGCUGAUACCAUUGUCCAGCACCCUGGGCCUCUCAAGGCAAAGUCAAAGAAGAAGGACUUGGUUGCUUGGCUUUCUAGCAAGAUCGCAGCAUUCGAAAAUUCAGACCUUCCAAGCUACGAACAGGUUCAGUCUGAUACGCACAAACGCCAGGAGGAGAAAACCCUUCUCUGGAAAGUUGUGAAGCUUCUGGUAGAGAAUGACGGUAAUCUGGAGAGUUCCCCUGAAAUUCAAACCUCUCUCCGACAGAUCAUCUUCCCCAACCUACCCAACCCCGACGCAGACGGAUCAUACACAAGCAGCUUAGCCCCCUCGGGAGGGGUUGCCCCUUCGGAAACGCCUUUGCAGGCUGAUGCUGUUGAUGCACAGUGGUUGGAAGAGCUUCGACUACACUUAAUAUGUGGUGAUCGGGAGAAGGCCGUGUGGAGCGCUGUCGAUCGACGUCUUUGGGGACAUGCGAUGAUCAUCUCAUCCACCAUGGACAGGUCGAUAUCGAAACAGGUCGCGCAGGAGUUUGUCCGCCGCGAGGUCCGAUCGAAAUCCGCAAACACCGAGUCACUUGCAGCCCUCUACGAGAUCUUCGCUGGCAAUAUUGAAGAAAGCAUCGACGAACUCGUUGCCCCGUCUGCCCGGGCAGGUCUGCAACUUAUUAGCAUGGCCAAUGGCCAGGGGUCUACCAAAAAUGCCCUCGAGGGUUUAGACAAAUGGAGGGAUACCUUGGGACUGGUUUUGAGUAACCGAAGUCCUGGGGAUCACCAAGCCCUUUUUUCCCUUGGGCACCUGCUUCGUUCUUAUGGACGGAUAGAGGCAGCUCACGUUUGUUACAUCUUCUCGCGCGCUGCCGUUUUCGGUGGCCCGGAUGAUCCACAGGCCAACAUCACUCUCCUUGGUGCUGACCAUCAGCGUUGCCCUUCUUCCUUGAUGGAUGAAGAUGCUAUCUUGCUGACCGAGGCUUAUGAGUAUGCUAUGUCUGUUCUCGGCAACUCUCCCACAGCUCAUCUGCCACAUCUGUUGGCAUUUAAGAUCCUGAAUGCCAGGUGCCUCGUAGACCAGGGUCGCAAUUUAGAGGCGCAAGGCUAUUGCGACGCAGUGGCAGCGGCAUUGAAAGCAACCACUCGUCCCUCGCCCUACUAUCACCAACACCUCUUUGCGGAAGUUGAAGAGUUGUCUGCUCGUCUGCGCCAAACAACCAGCGACAGUGGCUCUUGGAUCUCGAGGCCAAGCAUGGAAAAGGUCUCGGGGUCUAUGUGGGCUCGUUUUAAUAGCUUCGUGGUAGGCGAUGAUAGCGAUGCUGCAUCGACUGGAUCCGGCAAGGGUGGCGAGCAUGCGGAGUUUGGUCCUUUUGCAAACGUGGCCGGCACCCCAACAAUUAGCCGCUCACCUUCUGUAUCUGAAAUAUACGGCUCUUAUCCUGGAGCAGCGGCUGGAGCGCCGCUUAUUCCUACCAGCGGCGCGUCCAAGUAUCACCCAUCAAGCCAAUAUGCGCCUGGUGCCUCACCUGAGCAGUUCAAGGGCCGAUCGUCAAUAGAUUCUCAGAGAUCUGCUUCCUACUUCCCACCCUAUGGACAACGUCGAAGCUCACAGGAACUCUCGCCCUCGAUUGAUCAACAGAUGUCCUAUGGAGCUCCAGGGUAUGGCUCGCCAAGCGCGGGUGGGUAUCAACCAACACCACCUCAAUCCUCUUAUAUUCCUCUUGCUCCAGUAGAAGAAGCUACGUCACCGGCUGAAGCUCAUCCGGCUGCACAGCCCAUGGUGAAUGGUCUCUUUUACCAUCCUCCUGGCCAGGCUGCCACAUCCAGCGAAUCCCCAUAUUACCAAGGCCCUCCUGGUAUGCCAGCUAGUGUACCAGACUCAGAGUCACCCUACGCACCUCCCGCUGCCAGCUCAUCUUACGAGCCGGUCUCUUACGAGCCAAAUUCUUACGAGCCGGCUGCGGCUGGUGUAGACAUGGGCUACGGUUCCCAGGAGGAGGACCUGCCACGGGCCGCGGAGCAGCCAAGGAAGCAGUCGAUCAUGGAUGACGACGACGACGAUCUUGCUGCCCGGGCAGCGGCUAUCCAAAAAGCGGAGAAUGAUCGCAAGGCCAACGAAGCGUUCGCAAAAGCCGCCGAGGAAGAUGCUAAGAAGGGUCCCCAACAAUCUGGCAAGAAGGGCUGGUUUGGUGGUUGGUUCGGCGGAGCUAAGAAAGAAGAAAACUCCGGUGGCGGUCCUAUCAAAGCUAAACUUGGCGAAGAGAGCUCCUUUUACUACGACAAGGAACUGAAGAAAUGGGUCAACAAGAAAGACCCCGGUAGUAGCGCGCCUGUGCAUGCCACCCCGCCCCCUCCUCGAAGAUCCGCUCCCCCCAGUCGGACUGCGAGCUCAAAUAGUAUGCCCCAAAACGGUGCGCCCCCGAUGCCCCCGAUGCCCCCAAUGUCGGUCUCUGGUGGCCGGCCUCAACCUUCCUCUACCGCCGCACCGCCUUUCUUGUCCCCCAGCCCAGGCUUCCCUGGUCUCGCGCCUCGGUCCGUUUCGACGGGAGCGGCCAUGCCAACACCGCCCGGUAGUUCCAGUGGCCCGCCGCCACGGCCUUCUUCGUCCUUGACUCAUGCUAGCUCAAUUGAUGAUUUGAUCGGUGCGCCUCAGGCGCGCAAGGGCAGCGCAGUUCGCGCCAAGAAGAAGGGACGUUACGUUGACGUGAUGGCUAAAUAA